AUGAAUUCUUCAAUCAAGAAAAAAGGAGUCAAGAAAAAAGGAAUCAAGGACCGAAUGAGCCUGAACCAGCGCGAGAGCGAGCUUCUCAUCUGCGCCUGGCUCUCGCUCAAGAACCCGCAGCUUGACUACAAGAUAUUCGGCGCAUAUAUGGAUAUCCGACCCAAAACAGCUCGCAACGCCUUUGUCGAGCUCAGAAAGCGGUUCCUGGACGAGUUCGGCGCCGGCUACAUUGUCAAUGCGCCCCUCAACGUCACCACCCCCAAGUCGAAAGCUACCAAGAAGGCCUCGGAGAUGCUGAAAACCGACACCUGCAACGAUCAGUUCGACACCAAUUCUUACGAGCCUGCUGCAAACGAGCUCGAACAGACCACCUCUGACUCUGGCUACUUUGAGCUCAAGGAGGCUUACAACAUCGAUGAUGGACGUAUGUAA